AUGGAGGAGCCCCGCUGGGCGGAGGCGCUGCCGAAGAAGCGGGACCCGGGCGAGGGGGAGCGAGGGAAAGGCAAGCGGGCCGGCGAGGGAGCAGGUGCCGCGGGCAUCGCGCCGCUAGCGGAAGGCGGCUCUGCUGCAAGCCGCCCGGCGGCGGAGAGAAUGCGGGAGGAAGGAUUCCUGCUUCUACGUUCCAGUAAUCCUUUUGUGUUCCUGGUGGGCAUUGCUGUCCUGGGUGUGAUCCAUCAUACCCUCGCUGUGAAGGCAAGCCACUUGGCUACCCACAAUGCUCUGGUGGACUCCAAAUCAUGGGGGAAAUUAUGGAGCAUAUUCUUCAUUGAGGUUUGCUCCGCUUUCACAGCAGAACGAGGGUCCUACAACCAUGUAAAAAUGCACCACGCUUAUACAAACGUCAUUGGCCUCGGGGAUUCCAGUACCUGGAAGGUUCCUUUCCUGAACCGUUAUGUUUAUAUGUUCAUUGCACCUAUUGCUGUACCUAUCAUAACUCCUUUAAUAGCCAUUGGUUUACUCAGAGAGGUAGAACUGAAAACUGCCAUUCGGACUCUGUGUUGUAUAUUCAUUGGUCUGUAUGCCCAUUAUUGGCUGCUGCUUAAUAUCUCAGGAUUCCAGUCUAGCUGGUCUGCACUCGGCUGUAUGUUGAUUACCCGUGCUCUCCUCGCCCAUGCAUACAUCCAUGUCAAUAUCUUCCAGCAUAUUGGCCUACCCAUGUUUUCACCUGAUAAGAAGCCAAAACGAAUCCACAUGAUGAGCUGUGGAGUUCUCAAUUUGCCUCGAAAUCCUCUGUUGGACUGGGUUUUUGGACACUCGAUCAUUAGUUGUCAUGUGGAACAUCAUCUUUUCCCAGCUUUUUCUGAUAACAUGUGCCUGAAGAUAAAACCUGUGGUUUCUCAGUAUUUGAAAAAGAAGAAAUUACAAUACAAUGAGGAUUCUUACUGGUCACGCUUGAAGCUAUUCCUGGACAAAUAUGAAGAACUGAUGGUCCAUGCACCUCCUAUUUCUGAACUUGUGGGGAUUCAGUAAUGGUACUUUUAUGGCUAGAGCUAGGGCC